AUGCGGGUGUACAAGUUUUUGCAACACAAGCACGUUUUCAUUUUCCUCACGACCUGGUGGUUAGCAGAUGCCACUCGUGCCUCCCUGCUCUUCUUGGAGCGAGCAGUUGCCCAUCAGCCGGUGUUUGCACGGGGUGUCUGGCAGGCCUUUAUUUGGUGCGGUGCUGGUCCUGUUGCUCGCCUGGUCGAAAAAUCGGUCAGGGGCGAGCCGGUACCGGCCCUGGACAAGGUGCAGCCCAACAGCCUGAACAUCCUGAAGUUCCCGCUGAUUGCAAUGUUCUGGAACAUGAUCUUCUACAUGGUCUGCUUAGCCUACUUCACGGACUGCAAGUUCUUUGAUGCAAAGCCAAAGUUGGACAUGGUGCAGUGUGCGGCAAAGUAUGAGGACUUCUACGGCUUCUGCACCUACAUGCCUUGCCUCUUGCAUGUCUGCCGGGCAUACUAUGCCAUGUAUUCUCAGGGUGGACUUGUAGUCUUCGGUGACGGUUUCUGCAUGGGCAGCGGUGGCUUCAUCAAGAAGAUGUCGAGCACUCCAAAUGUCAACAGGCAGCGAUACGGCUUCAAGUCCUUCUUGCAGGAGUGGUCUCACCAUCUAGGAGGUGGUGCCUAUCCAGGCCCUUGGGCGCAGGAAAGCUGCCCGCGUGAGUUGCAAAUUGAAAUGCUAGAGCUGUUGAAGGACGCGGAGGGGAGCGGGGACGAAGUGGGGAGUGCGAAGCUGCUUAGCCAGCGUUGUACGGUGAUUGAUGAGCCUCUGCUGAAGACGAGUGGGGCCCUAAACCAGGAGGUUGACGCACCAUUGAAGACAAAGGUGAUUCGCCUUGUACUGCGGGUACUCUUCCUUGCGCUGGCUGCAAACACCCUCGUCACGGAUGCCCAGAUGGCCAUGAGCUCUCUGGCUCAUCUCCAGGGCCUCCAGAAGAUGCACGCUUUGGCGCUCGUGCUCGCCUUCAGUCCCAACACUGUGGCUGCAGUAGCUGCAGCCUGGAUGAUCGAGGUAAAAAUGACUUGGACCCGCCGGUUUUUCCUUCAGCCUAACAAGCUGAGCAUUCUGUCGGAUACUGUCGCCUUUGCGUACUGCGGCAGCCUGUGCUUCAUCUAUUUCUUCCCGCUCUUUCUCUUCGGCACGACCCAUGCUGUUCUGGGCUUCUUUGUGGUUUGCUAUGCUUUUGCAUACGACCUUCUCACGCUGCCUUGGAGGCUCGUUACGGGAGACAUGGCGGAGAUUUGGGUCGCUGUGCCCGUUUUCUUUGCGGGCAUGCUCCUGUCAAUGCUGUACACCACGGUCAUUAUUUGCUACUAUCUCAUUGUCAAGGGCCGAUACCCUGACGUCGCUCUUCGCGCGAAGACGCGAGGUGUCCAGGAAAGAAUCUUCAAGGAUCAGCUGCCGCAUCAGGUUGCUGCACGGAUUAUUGGCGCCGCAAGAGAUGCAGGGCUCGCCAAGCUUGGAAGAUCACCAACCGGAGGGUCAUCCCCAAGCUGGGGAAGCAUAGAGAUGGAUCCGAUGCCGCUCAACAAGGCGGACGAGGCCGAGGAGGUUGAGGAGGACGAGAAGUGCAUACUCAACGACGAGGGCCUGCUGCUGGCAUGUGGCGGCAAGGUGCUAGGGUGCCUCAGCAUGCCCAUGGUCCAGCUCUGCGUGGUCAUCGCUUCGCAGGUCUACCUGGGCCAUGGAUGCUGGGAUGCGGCCAGCGCCAGCUUCCAGGAGAGGAGAUGGGCUCACUACCUUGAGACACUGAGCCGUUUUGCUGCGCAACGGCCCUUCUCAUUGCUUUGGAUGUACAUCUAG